CUUUUGUUGCCGAAAUUUGGGUUGUAUGAUUUGAAAAUGUUCAGCCCGCUGAAGGAUGCCAGGUACGCCAGCAGAUGGCGGACCGAAGAAGGAUUUCAUCAAAAGAAACCACAAGCACGAAGCUGGCAAGGUCCAGUGCAGUUUCUCUCUGGUAUUAGAGCCAUGGGGAGGCUCGUGUAUUCGAGAGGUGAAUGUGAAAUCGGGACUUUUGGCGACGACCAGAGUGAAGAGCUGAAAUCACUCCUUCCCAGCUAUAUUCAGGCACUAGCUGAGUUAAUGGUG